AAAUGUGAAGAAGCAGCAGCAUCUGUAAACGUUAACUAGUAUCCAAAAUCAAAUUAUAUCAGUCGACAUGAUGACAAGUUGAUUUUGUGACUGAUUCAGGUUGCAGAUUUAGAGACGUUGGGACAGGGAGGAGAGGAGAUGGGGGGAUUGUGUAGGCCACUCCAGGCCUCUAUGGUCUGGCUGGCCGUUCUCCUUCUGCUGCUGGGGGAGAUGGUGAACACAGCCCAGGAGUUUGACCCCUACAGAGUCCUGGGGCUCACCAAGAGCGCUGGUCAAGCAGAGGUCAAGAAGGUGUACAAGAGGCUGGUCAGAGAAUGGCACCCAGACAAGAACAAUGAUCCUGGGGCUGAAGAUAUGUUCAUCAAGAUCACUAAGUCCUAUGAGAUCCUGGGGAAUGUGGAGCGGCGUGAUAACUACGACCGCUACGGACAGAUGGAGGAAAACAAGCAGGGUCAGCACCAGCAGGGCUUCAACCGACACUUCCACAACAGCUUCUAUUUCGACGAGUCAUUCUUCAAUUUCCCUAGGUCAGGCCGAGACUUCUCCGACAGCAAGUAUCUGCUCGACCACGCAGGGUUCAACAGUAAGGUGCUGCCUGACAGCUUCAAGCGGCCCUACCUGAUCAAGAUCACCUCCGAGUGGUGCUUUGCCUGCGUUCACAUCGAGCCAGUCUGGAGGGAGGCAGUACAGGAGCUAGAGCCACUGGGUGUGGGUAUCGGCAUUGUUGACAUUGGUUACGAGCGUCGCCUAGCCAACCAGCUGGGUGUCCAUCGCACGCCAUCCAUCCUGGGUGUGGUCAAUGGUAGAGUGACCGUGUUCCACUACUCCGUGGUCAGAGAACACCUGCGACAGUUUGUAGAAGACCUGCUACCUCAGAGGCUGGUGGAAAAGGUAACAGAUAAGAACUAUGUGUCCUUCCUGGGCAGCUGGCAUGUAGAGAACAAUCCCAGUGUGUUGCUGUUUGACCAAGUGCCUGCAGUGCCUCUGCUCUACAAGCUCACAGCGUUUGCCUUUAAGGACUAUGUGCGGUUUGGUUACGUGGACCAGGGAUUGACAGAGACAUCCAGACUACUGCAUCAGUUCAACAUCAACAGCUAUGCUCCCACAAUGCUGCUGUUCAAGGAGAACACUGAGCAACCUGCUGAUAUUAUACAGGCUAAAGGGAUGAAGAGACAGAUCAUGGAGGAGUUUGUGUCCAACAACAAGUACCUGUGUGUCCCUCGGUUGGUCAACCAGCAUCUGUUCGAUGAGCUCUGCCCCAUCAAGCAGUUCCACCGGCGCAGGAAGUACUGUGUGCUGCUGAUCACUGGUGAAGAGCCAGGGUUUGUCCCUGGUAACCAGGCCUUCCUGACCUUCGCCUCGUCCAACACUAAAGACGUCCUGCGUUUCACAUACGUCUACCAGAGACAGCAACAACCACUGUGUCAGGCCUUGCUCCACAACCAGGCCCCACUGUUCGCACAGGUGGUGAUACUGGAGAGGAGGAGCCCGGGAGGUAAGGCUGUGUACCGGUCUGUGAUUGGUGGAUGGAACGGCAGUGACGAUGAUAAGACCCGCCUCCACGAGCAGCUGGAGCUCCUGCAGAGAGACCCCUCCUACCUGAGCUAUGACACCACGCUACCUGAACUAAACAACGAAUUGUCCCCUAUGUUUCUGAUUCAGUGGAUCAAUGCAGCUUACGAUUAUUUCCUUCAAAUCUAUGAUGACCUUCUCUUCUCCAACUGGCGGGAGAUGAUGCCCAUCCUGUCUCUCAUCUUUUCUGCUCUGUUCAUCCUCUUUGGUACUGUCAUCAUCCAGGCCUUCAGUGACUCGGGUGAAGAGAAGCCUCCCCAAAAACCAAAGCCAAAGAACCCACCAAAGACUGAAGACUCACCUGGUAGAGCCAAUACUUCCAGUCGUCCUCCAAAGAAGGACUUUGUGGAGGUGACGGAGCUGACCAACAUCACCUACAUCAGUAACUUGGUCAAGCUGAGACCUGGUCACAUCAACGUGGUCCUAGUCCUCACUGACGCUUCCAAGAAUGCUCUGCUCAGGAAGUACGCCAAAGAGGUUUUCUCCUUCUCCGGGACCCAGACUCUACACUUCUCCUUCCUGAAUGCAGACAAACACAGCCAGUGGAUGCCAUCUCUCUUGGAGUCUUGUCCUACUGCAGCCCGGGUCCUGACCCAUGGAGAGGAGGAGGGAGGAGGAGAGGGGGAUGAAUACUCCUCUCCCUUCUCAGGUCGUCUCAGAGACUUCACAGGCCAUGUUCUGGCACUCAAUGGGCACAAGAAGUACUUCUGUCUCUUCAGACCUGUCUUCACUGGGGACACGGACACUGGCGGAGAGAGCUCAAGCUCAUCAUCUUCAUCAUUUGACGAAGGCUCCAGAAGAAAGUCUCGUUCAAGGUCGCGAUCCCAGUCGAGCUCACGUUCAAGGUCCAGGGAGGAGGGGGGUUUGUCGGGUAGGGGUGGGAGGGGUGGUGGGCGGGCCUCCAGGGCUACCAGUCUGGAGGUGCACCAUAAGCUGGACAGGCUGGGGCUGUGGAUGGAGAGGCUGAUGGAGGGGACUCUGCCCAGGCACAGUGUCCCUGGCUGGCCUGGGUUGGACACCACCUCCCCAAGCUCCAGCCCCGCUCCCCAGAACUGAGGAACCACACUGGACUGUACCCGACCGGACCCAUAUGAAGUGUAAAUGAGAUUUCUGCAGCUUAAACGUAGCUAGUAGUCAUUAUGCAAAGCCAAUGAAUAAUACAGAAGAUUAAUAUAACCCUAUAAAGUAUACUAACCCUGUCCCAGAUCUGUUUGUGCUUUCUUGCGAAUGCCAACUUCAGGUGUGACAAUGGUCAUAGGAGUUGGCCAGACGGCACAAACUGAUCCGGGACCAGGCAAGAAACUGAAGCUCCAUUUACCCUAUCACAACAAUCAUUUUUUACUUUAGCUUUAGGGACUGUAGUAGGUGAAGCUUCAAAUGCACUGAUCUUGCCAUUGUCUUUCAUAGGAAGCUGUUAACCCGGAAUUAGGGCUUGAGACAAUUGACGUGUUGCACUGUAAAGCACUGACUACUGUAUGUUUGGAUAUUUUGUUGUAAAUAAACACCAAGGACCCUAUUCAAUAACCACCGGCUCUUAGGAUUUAAAGAAGGGGGGGGGAGUAUAUUAUGUGCAAUUCAGAGGAGGCUGGUGGGUUGAGCUGUAGGAGGACAGGCUCAUUGUGAUGGUUGGAAUGGAAUCAAAGGAAUGGAGUCAAACGUUGUUUCCAUGUGUUUGAUGUGUUUGGUACCAUUCCGUUGAUUCCAUUCCAGCCAUUACAAUGAGCCCUUCCUCCGUUAGCUCCUCUCACCAGCUGCCUCCUAGGGGGGGGGGGGGGGGAAAUUACUUAAGUUAGGAUCCAUGUACUGAACAAAAAUUAUGUGAAGCAAAAAAAAAAUCUCAUGUACAGUUUUAAACUAGGGUCCUGUUCAAAGGAAUACAUGUUUGAAACAGGAAAAGCAAACUCGUUUUUGUAGCACAAAUUCAGGUAUCCCUUUUCACGACAUUUCCUCCUAUUUCAUGCGUACUGAACUUUUACCACAGUAACACUGGACUAAGGUCAGUUUGGCUUAUUCUUUCCUAACGGUUAGGACUUGGGGGUGCUAAACUGUUCGUAGCUGGUUGAAUAGAGCCCUUGGUGUUCUCUGCUGCUGCUCAGGGCCAGGUCCCCAAGCUGGAGAUCUCCGUACAACUCUUUUAUAAAUAUUUAUUUCCCUUUGCAGAUCAGGCAGAAAGGUUGAAUCAUCCUUCUGUCUCGUUUCUUUUCUUUUACUUUCGUUUUGAGUCUGUGCCCUUAAAUAUACCGCUAUGGAUUUUAUUGCAUGUCUUUGUCAGAAGAAUAUUCGGUGUUUUGUCACCGUGAGAUUUGCAAAGCUCCAUCAACUUUAUUCCACAACUCUUUCCUUCCUGUACCUCAUGAUGUGCUUGUGAACCAUGCUUGUGUGAUGGUGAGUAACCUUGCCUGAGACCUGAAGACUUUGGUUAAGGCUUUAGCUUAGCGAGCUAAACAGUCUGUGCUUGAAACCGUAUGGUCCAUGGUUCAAACCCAGUCGGUCACACUUGCACACAAGGUUUGCAUAAGAUGUCCUUUACUUGCAUUCUUGCUACAGAAUGAUUUCCCGCUCGCUAAGUUAUAGAUAUAAACUACGUAGAUAUUUCACUUUGCCUGCCUUUCAUUUGAAUGUGUUUCUCAUGUCCAUGUCCAAUAUUGGUGCUGAUGAGAGAUUUUAUCCAAUGUAAAUUUGAGGAGUUAAACUGUUUGGUAGAGUCGGUAGUACUGUAGUCCAUUUUUAAACGAUUAGUAUGAAAUGAUGUGAAAUAUAGAAUUAUUUGAUGUGCUGUUGCUAUUUAUUUGAUGUAACUAUGCUUCCUAACAUGAAUAAACAUUUUCUAAAUCUUUAUCA